AUGGCUGCUAGCUAUUGGUGUCGACCAAUUGUUCGGGACUCAGAUGUGGCUGAAGGUAUGACACUUUUGCUAGGAAUGGAAUUUGCCAAAGAUAUGCUAUUUAAAGAUAUGAAGAUUAAUUCAGAUUCUGCUAAUGUGAUUGCAGCUUUCAACAGUGACAACAUGCAACAUAAUUACUUGGGAACCAUUGCUUUGGAGUGCUCUAAUCUAAUUUCUAGAUUUAAUAAUAUUGUUAUUGCACAUGUUAGGAGAGAAGCUAAUCAAGCGGCUCACUAUCUAGCAAAGUUUGCUAUUUCUAAUUUGUCUAAUUUCAUAUGGAUCGAGGAAACUCCUCCUUAUAUUGAAGCUGUUGUGGCAUUUGAUUUAUUGCAUUUCCUGUAA